AUGGAGUCAUUAUUACUCACAGCUGCAAAUCAGGAGCUGCCAGCCAAAAUUUACUCAGUGUCAAACUCCCGCAGAGUACUCAAAUGCCUGAAGAAAUUCACAGAUGCUCAGUAGAAGACCAAUUUCCUCGGGUGUGAUGCUAUGUAUGCGCACAAUGUAAUGGAUGGAAAGUUCAAGAUAUUCUCAUAUGAGGACUUAACUCAAUCAGGAGUCUAGAAUGAUGCAGUAGAAAACUUAGUUAAUGUCCAGAAAUUGAAUCCACUACCCGAGUCUCACUACGUAGAAUGCUAGUUCGGUGUGAAUGAAGCAGAGUACUUUAACCUUAAUGGCAAUGAAUUCAUUGUAUGUGGCUAGGAUGAUGGUACUAUUCAGAUCUAUGACUACUCUGAAAAUAAGGGAAAAGCAUCAUACGAUAAACCUAUCUUCAAGGUCACUAAGGAACCAAAGAAUGCUAGUGAUGCUAAAUUAAUACACCCAGAUGAAGUAUUUGCGGAAAGUCUUUAUGAACAUACAGAAUCAGCUGUAGUAAUUGAAAAGAAUUAUAAGAAUCACUUCAGAUUUGCCACUGCAGGUAAAGAUAGUAGUGUAUGCUUCUGGAAGUUCACUGAAAAAGAUGAACCAGUUACCUAUGAAUCAUGCAUCGAAAAAUAUCAAUUUAACUAAGGCUCAACUACAAAGAUCGGUAGUGUUACUGCCUUGAAGUGGCUAGAGGAGAAUGUAGUAGUAGUCUCACUAAAUGAUGGUACACUCUAAACUUGGGAUGUCAGAGAAAAGCCAGAUACAAAGUGCAGUCUGCUCUAUAGAGGUGACUGUGCCAUCUGGGAUCUUGCACUCUGGAUCACUUAAUCUGCAACAAACAUUUUGAUUGCUGAGGAUUCAGGCAAGGUGAACCUCAUUGAUCCAAGAUAAACACUGCAAUGUGAGGGACACUAGCAAUCAGCUUUGAAGCUAAGUAUUGAUCAUAUCAGCAAGACGAGCCAAAAUUUAUUAUCUGUUGGAUAUUCCUCCUCAAUCCAAGUCUUAGACCUGAAUAUCGGUAGCCAAGAUAAAAUAAAAGGUGACUACAGUCUUUGGUACUUAUGA